AUGGUCGCAUUUGCUGACCUUUCACUCUCCUUUCUUACCGGCCUCUCUGGCCUCACAGUACGCGAUGCUUCUUCAGGAUCUCUCGAUGCAGCCUGUACAGGGAAUACCCAACUUGAAGUUCGAAGCACCGUUUGUGAGCAGAUCGCAGCGAAUGUCUCGUCGAGCUCCGUAGUAUAUUACACCGGUGAGUAUUUCCAUCAAUAUACCAAGGACAAUUAUCACUGGUCUGCGUCUAGUAUUCAGGCCUCUCAAUGUUCCUUUGAGCCUGCAACAACUGAAGACGUUGGAAUUGCGCUUCGAAUUUUGGGACAGACGCAGACACCAUUUGGAAUUAAAAGUGGAGGACACGCCGCGAAUCCUGGCUUCUCUUCGACAUCAGGUGUCCAAAUUGCGAUGUAUUCCUUUUCGGAUGUUGUUUACAAUUCGACCGCACAAACAGCAACUGUGGGCACGGGUUUACUAUGGGAUGAUGUUUAUGUCGCACUGGAGCAGUAUAACGUAACUGUCGUAGGGGCAAAAGUUACUGGCAUUGGAGUCGGAGGCGUUGCUUUGGGGGGAGGAUAUUCGUAUUUGACUAAUCAGUAUGGUUUGGGCUUCGACAACGUCGUAGCCUUCGAACUUGUUUUGCCCAAUGGGACAGUGACUGAUAUCACAAAUUCUACAAAUCCAGAUCUGUUCUUUGCGCUGCGGGGGGGAUUCAAUAACUUUGGCAUUGUGACGAGGGUUACUGUCAAGACAUAUCCUCAGUCUCUAGUCUGGGGCGGACGUGUCUCGUACGCGCAAGACCAAUGGGAAGCAGCAAGCUCAGCUAUUGCCAAUUAUUCGGCAAAUGUUAGCGACCCAAAGGCAUCCAUAUACAAUACAUAUAACUAUAUCUCUGGAGUGGUACAAGUAUCGAGUAUCCUCUUUUAUGAUGCUCCAACACGCCCUGAGGGCAUAUUCGACGAGUUCUUGUCGAUUCCUCAUAUCGAAGAAGACAUUUCUACCAGAUCCUAUGUAAAUCUCGUCCAGUCCCUUCCCUUGAAUCUUACUUCCGGGCUUAGAUCCGUGUUCCAUUGGGUGGCAAUGGAGGAGGUUACAGUGCCUAUGUUGAACAUGAUUGCAAAUGAGACACUGUUCUGGGGCGAAGAAUUAACAAACUCCAGUGCUCGAAUUGUAUCAUAUGACAUAGACGUCUACUUGUCUACGCUCUACGACCAUGUGGAUUCGCCGACCGCAUACCCACCGUCACGGAGUCGAGGUUACUCGUUCAUCGAAGUGUACUAUGGUUGGACAGACUCGGAUCUUGAUGACACAAUGUUCGACGCUGUCAACGCAAGUGCCAAGCAUAUGAUACAGGCACUCACAGAUGGUGGCCAAGAUAUCGCGAACGUUGCCGUGUACCCGAACAACGCACCUCCUAACACGAGUUUGGAGAGAAUGUAUGGUGAUAACGUAUCUCGUUUGCAAGUCAUCAAGAAGGCUGUCGAUCCGGACAAUGUGAUGGGAUUGACAGGUGGUUGGAAGUUCUAG